CUGUCAUUGAAGAGUUUUAAUCGUUCCAAGUCGAUUGGAAUAAUAUACUGACUAUUUUCCUAAACGUAAAUCGUAAUGCCUAGCUUUAUGAUUUGAGGAAUUGUUAUGUCAAGCGUAAAUAUGCGUAGGUUGCAGAUGUUGGUACACCUGCUACAAGUGUUCGAAAUAUCUGUCGAUACAUAUCUUGGCAUCUAAAGAGUAAUAACACUGCGUACAAUUUGGAGUCAUCGACGGUAGCUGGUUGUUUUUAUUAUUUAAUCGGCGCCUGUGAAACGAAUGCAGGAUUAAUGAAUAUAUUAAUAGAUAUCGGUUUAAACCUGACGAAGAAGAUACGGGAGAAGGGAGGAAAAUCGGAUUAUUUCCUUGUGAUGCCAGGUAGCAGGCGAAAUGUAACAAGACCGUCUUCUGGGCGACCGCCAGCUCUGCCGUUAGGCCUUCCGUCCUGCGAUGACGUGCAGAAAUCUAGGGAUGUUGAUUCUGACAGCGAAUCAGGGAAAAAGGAGACAAAAGUGCGGUCACAUCAUAAUUUGUAUAGGGGAGCAAUUGGAAGCAUACGACUCUAUCUCAUUGAGCAACCACUUCACUUCUGCAUGGAUGGACUUUCAUUCAGAGCAAGACAGAAUGGAUCUCCAGGACAAUACGGAGAAAAUACUUCAUCGAGGUUAAUAGUUCCAAAACACAUUCCAGUUCCAAGCAUACCUCAAGAUGGAAGUAUGAUAUUUGAAAUGCUGAUGUUUAUUUUCACGGUGGCUUCAUCAUUUUUACAGUUCCUCCACUUGUAUCGAACAGUUUGGUGGCUGCCACAAUCACAUACAAAGUAUACUAUGAACUUCUAUCUUAUUGAUCCAUACCUGGUAGGAUUUAUUGUUACCAUUUUGGGUCGACGCCUUGUAUAUUGUGCCUUAACUCAUUUUGUGAUAACUUGGUGCCCAGCACAGCUGUGGCCCUUAGUGCAACAGCUUCUCAGGUUAAUUCUGUUAUGCCUGGUGAUGUCUUCCCUGGUUUGGUCUGCAUACCACAUUUUGCAAAAUCAUCCAAUAGUAAAUAUUUUCUAUUUAUGCUAUCCGAUUUCUGUUUAUUUUAUCCUGUUUGGGCUCAGCAUAAGCCCAUUUUUUGAUGUUACCUCAUUAUCCGCGGUAUCAAAAGAGGAAUGCAAAGGACGUCCAAUUGUAGGGAAGCCAAUGCAUAGUUGUUCAAUGUCACCAUACAUAAUAAGGGAUGAAAUAGAAGCACUGAAGACUGAUUUUAAUAAUAGAAUGAAACAAGUGCUGUUUAGCUCUGUACUUAAUGCCUAUUAUGCAGGAUUUGUGCCUUGUUGCUUUGCCCAGAGUUUCCUUUAUUACGAUGUCUACUGGGCAACACAGCAUCUAGCAUUUGUUUGGCUUGGGUGCUUUAUGAUGUAUAUUGUACACUGCUAUCCAGUGAGAUACUGUGAUAUUCUGCAUCGUGCAGCCUUGCACCUGGGAUGCUGGUCGAGGAUUGAAGCGAGAUCUACUCAUGUACCAACACACGUAUGGGCCGAGUCAACAGUGUGGCAUCAUGGGGCAUUGGUGAAACACUGCAAAGAAAUCUACAGAGCUGAUGGAAUAUCAAAUGCAGCGGAACCAGGAAACCAGACACAUGCAAGGUUCUAUGCCAUAUUCAACAACCCAUCUGUUCUUCUAUGCAUCCUGUUGGGACUUCAGCUACUCCUUAUUGCAAUACAACUUAUGGUGUUAAUUAGGUGUUCAGAAUGGUACCAAGUUAUGUCACUUGCACUUUUGUUAUUUGCAAAUUACUAUUCUCUUUUUAAACUGGCAAGAGACUAUUUUGUAUGUUGGAAAGUUUACAAGGCUGAACAAAUGAUACAGGAUAAAUUAGGAAGUUGACGUUUGUCAACAGAACCAUCUCAUAAUGAUCUCAUGCUUCCUUUAGAAAAUUGUAUUUCUAUCACCUUUUACAUUGUGAGGUGUUUAACAACAGACAACACUAUUUUUAUAAAAAAUAUAUUAUUCCUAUGGAAUAAGAAAAUUAUACUGAUGUGUUAUGUAAACACAGCCUUUUAAUACAAACAUGUAAUGUAAAACUACAAGCAAUAACUUAGCACUGCCUCAAAUGAACGCCUCCAUGUUAAUCCUUUGGAUAGAUAGCUUUUAAGUUUGGCCCUGGUAUGUACU